AUGAGCAGCACCAUGACCACCACUGCACCCGCCACCGCCGCCGCUGCACCCGCCGCGCCCGCAGAAGACGUUGUGCGGCCGUUCGAGGCGCGCGAUGCCAAAAUCGUCAAGAUGCUCAUUGGGCAGGGAUUCAUGGAGGGUCUGGCGAUCGCGAACAAGCGAGUGAUGCGUCACCCGGUCUUCCUCGUCCUCGCCAUCCUGCUCGGCCUCGCACUGAACCGCCUGCUGCCGUUCACGGUCAGCCCCGACAUUCCCCUGUCGUCGUUUACGCCGCUCAUCGGUCCCUGCCUCAUCCUCCUCCCGUCGCUGGCCAGCAUCGAGUACGUGCAACGCUGGCCGUUUAUGGCGGGCAUGCGCCAGCUGAUUGGCGGCGCCGACCUUGUCGCCCCGGUCAAGUACUACGAGCCCACGGCCUUUGGCGGGUCGCAGAUUAUCGUGUUUGAGCGCCAGGGCGACGUGUCGGGCGUGCUGGCGCUGGACGCGCGCGCGCCGGGAAAGGCCGUCGCCUCGGUCCUGGGCGCCAAGGAGGGCGAGCUGGGCGCGCCGGGCGUGCUGGAUGCGCGGGGCAAGAAUGGCGGCAAGGCCAAGACGGUCACUGCGACAGCGAGCAAGGGACCCGCACACGACCUCCGCCAGCGCAAGGGCGCCGCCGUGGCCGCUGCCGAGCCCACCAACGCCAACGCCAACGCCAACUCGUCCGGCGUGGUGGAGAUCCGCCACUUUACAGUCGACGGCCCGGUGCGCAAGUACGGUAUCGGGACCGAGCUGCUCGUCACUGCCCUCGACGCCGCGUUCGCUACGCCCGGGACCGGCCGCGUCAUUGCCCUCACGUCGGCGUUUACAGACGGCGGAGAGCAUAUCUGGACCAAGAUGGGCUUUGCGCCCGUCGAGCCCGAGGCCGGCUGGCGGGCCAGUGCGCCGCUGGGCCUGCUCAAGUGGACGGGCCGCUGGGUGGCCGUCGACAAGGCGACAUGGGAAGUCAGGCGAACGCAACUGUUUGCCGACCACAAGACCGAGUAG